AUGCAGGAAAUGAAACGAUCGAAUGAAGAUAAGGAAUUCCUAAAGUCAGGAGCUCUUAAGAUGAAGGGUUACAUUAUUUCAUAUCUUGCACUGUUGGUGAUAUGUGGAACUGCUACAACUGAUGGUCGAACCCACCCCACUAAGGACGUCUCAGGAGAAAAAGAGCCAGCCGAAGUUGAUGAAGAUUAUGAAACGUACCCACGGAAAGAAGUCAUUGAAGAAAAAAAGCCAGAAGCUGACCUUCCUUACCCACUGAACGGCAUCUCUGAAGGAAAAGAGCCAGAAGCUGACCUACCUUACCCACUAAACGACAUCUCUGAAGAAAAAGAGCCAGAAACUUACCCCGUGAAGCAGGUUCCUGAAAAAGCGGAUCCAGUCGAAGUUAAAAAGAAUAUAAAAAACGUUAAAAAGGUCGCGGUAGCCACUCUUAUAUCAGGUGCUACACUUGGCUUCAAUGUCCUUAAGUAUGCCCUGAAUGCAAUAGGAAAUGUUAAACGCAAAAUCGCUAUCGGUGUUGACAACGAGUCGGGAUGUACCUGGACUGCAUUAGGUACCCACUUUUACUCUGGUACUUCGGAUAAAGUGCUCCCCCAUGAAGUUCAGAAUACCAAAGCACUGAUAUACAACGCUCGAAAACACCAAACCUUCCAUGGGGCUGUUGGAGUGUUCACRUAUCGCUUGUGCAAUUCCUGGAAAACUCUGGCGAUUCUUUUCAGUGUUCCCUACAACCGAUGGUGGUAUAAAAACUGGUGGAAUGUCAAAAUAUAUCAUGGAGUAAGGCGUCCUAGUCAUUCCAUAUACAAAGAUCUUUACUACCGCGCCAGGCCGUUCCGUGGUAAUAAUCACUGGUAUCAUAGAAAUCUGGGACAUGGUCUUAAAAUGAAAGGAUUUAUGACGAAUUCUGGGCYGGCAAUCCUGGAAAUACACAUAUCAAAGGCCUAGCUAAUUUAGACCCAUGAACUUCCUUAAAAGAGCACCGCCAUAACUCCACAUAUCUAAUCUUACCUAAUAUAUUUUUACCUCAAAGUUAUUUUGCGGCUGUUUUUAGUCGUGCAAGCUGCGGGAGAGACUACACAAAGUCUAUUCAUUUGAAAWACUUGCAAAGCUCACCAACUUUAAGGGAGUACACCCCCACUCCCCCCUCCCUUCCCCCCCAGGGACCAACCAUCUCAUGACGGAGCUCUUUUGAGGUUUAAUUGGAUCGACACAGAUCAAGUAAGACCAUUUAUAACUACAUUAAUGAUUGUUAAUAAUUCAACUGCUUUGUAAUCAAUGUUGAGUUCUACAAAGUUUGUAUUGGGAUUUCUUUUUUUAAAUAAAAACAACAAUAUAAUCACAAUUUGUAAUACUCUAGACUAAUUAAAUAGAUAUUAAAAUGCCUAAGGUCAU